AUGGAACUCACUGCCACAACCGCCACCAUUAACAGCCUCCUAUUUCCCACCACUCCAAGAUCAAGAAACCAAAUCAACACAUCUUUCAAAAGAUCAAAUCUGUCCGAUCUUUACCCUGCUUGUUCAUCUUUCCUCAGUCCCCAAAUCAUUCUCUCAUCAAACCCUAGAAAUCCCCAUCAAAAUCCAGUAUUUCUAACCCACUGUUCCACAAAACCAACAAUUUCAGAUGACAAAGACAACAUAAUAGAGGAUCAAGAUUCAAUUAUUUCAUCCGAUUCAAAUCUCAAUAUCCAAAACUCACAAAAACCCAACUCAAAUCAAGAAAAAUCCCCUUCAAACACGUCGGUUUCCAGAGGCUUGGUUCUUGAUUUGGGUUUAGAGAGUUCUUGGGAUAGUUUUCAAAUUGGUUCUCCUGUAGUAAAGCGGUUCCUGAGCGAUGAGGAAGAGAGGUGGUACAUGUGGUAUCAUGGAAGAUCCGGAGGGAAUUUGGAUACGCCUUCAAUCGGGUUAGCGGUUUCAAGUAAUGGGAUCCACUGGGAAAGAGGCAAAGGAGCUGUUCAAUCUGGUAGCGAUGUGGGUUUAGUCUUGAAAUCGAGUACUGAUUGGUGGGCUUUUGAUACAAACGGUGUUAUGCCAGGUGAAUCCAUGGUCAUGUCUAGCUCCAAGAUUCGAGCAAGCAAUGCUGUCUAUUGGCUCUAUUAUACUGGUUUUAGUAACGAAAAGAUUGAAUUCCUGGACAAUCCUCUCGAAUUCAGCUUAGAAAAUCCUGAAAAUGGUGGCAAAACAUUUGGGAAGAUUUGCCGGUCAUUACCUGGUUUAGCAAUGAGUCAAGAUGGUAGACAUUGGGCAAGGAUUGAAGGAGAACACCAUAAUGGAGCUUUAUUCGAUUUAGGAUCCGAAGGGGAAUGGGAUUCCAUGUUUAUUGCAUCCCCACGAGUUGUUUUCCAUUCCAGUGGUGAUCUUAGGAUGUAUUACCACUCGUUUGAUUCCGAAAAGGGCCAUUUUGGAAUCGGAAUGGCAAGAUCACGCGAUGGGAUGAGGUGGGUGAAGCUCGGGAAGAUCAUGGGGGGUGGGCAAGUUGGUAAUUUUGAUGAGUGUGGGGUCAUGAAUCCUUGUGUCGUGAAGAACAAGAAAGAUGGGGGUUAUUUGAUGGUGUAUGAAGGGGUGGGUGUUGAUGGGAAGAGGUCAAUUGGGUUGGCUAGGUCUUCUGAUGGGCUAAAAGAUUGGAGGAGAGUUGGUGGUGAGCCCAUUUUGGAGCAUGCCGAAGGGUGUUGGGAUGAUGGAGGUGUUGGGUCGCCUUAUCUUGUUCAUAUGGAAGGCGAAGAAGAUGAAUGGAGAUUGUACUAUAAAGGAAUAGGGAGAAUCGGGCACACCGGAAUCGGAAUGGCGGUUUCCGAUGGCAAAGAUGUCAAGAAUUUUCGAAGAUGGACUGGGUUUCAUCUAUAG